AAGGCCAUGUUCUAUGGCGUGGACGACAGGCCCGCCUGGUACUUCAGCGCCAUGCUUGGUUUACAGCAUUACCUGAUCGUGACGUCGGGCGCCCUGAGCUACCCGUUCGCCCUAGCACCAGCCCUGUGCAUGAGGGAAGAAGAUCCCGCCCGGGGAUACCUCAUCUCUACCAUUUUCUUCAUUUCGGGCAUUGGAACGCUCAUUCAAACCACAUUCGGAAUCAGGUUGCCCAUCAUCCAGGGAUGCAGCGUGACGUUCCUGGUUCCCAUUUUGGCCACCAUGGCGCUGCCCGAGUGGAGAUGUCCCACCGAAGAGCAGCUGGUAGCCGCACGGCCCCCCGAUUCCGGCCUCACGGGUCCGGCCACCGACGAGGAGUGGACGCAAGUGUGGCAGACGCGCAUGAGCGAGAUCUCGGGUGCCAUCAUAGCGUCGGCUAUGUUCGAGGUGGUGCUGGGCUUCACAGGCAUCGUGGGAUUCCUCCUGCGAUGGGUCACACCGCUGGGCAUCGCUCCCUGCAUCGCCCUGGUCGGCCUUUCCCUCUUCGAAGAAGCAGCCAGGCUGAGUUCAGGGAACUGGGGAGCCGCCUUCAUGAGCAUCAUCCUGAUGACCAUCUUCUCCCAGUACUUCCAAAACGUAGCGCUCCCAGUGCCCGCCUGGAACCGUGGAAAGGGCUUUCACAUUCGCCCUUUUGCCAUCUUCAAACUGUUUCCGAUCCUGUUGGCCAUCCUCAUCUCGUGGGGAGCCUGUUUCCUGAUGACGGAGACGGAGUACCUCGCCCCGGGAGACGCUGCGCGCACCGAUAUCCGUGCCAGCAUCAUCGACAAGAGCCCCUGGAUACGGGUGCCCUACCCAGGACAGUUCGGCAUGCCGCGCGUGUCAAUCAGCGUGGUGCUCGGCAUGCUGUCCGCCAUCUUGUCUUCGGUGGUGGAGUCCGUGGGCGACUACUACGCGUGCGCCAGGCUCUCGCAGGUGCCCACGCCGCCGACGCACGCCAUCAACCGGGGCAUAUGGAUGGAGGGCAUCGGCUGCAUCGCUGCUGGCCUCUGGGGCGGGGGCUGCGGACUCACGUCCUAUUCAACCAACAUCAGCAUCAUCGCCGUCACCAAGGUGGCCUGCCGUUCCGUGGUCCAAUGGGCGGCCGUGUUCAUGAUCGCCUUCGGUGUGGUGGGCAAAAUGGGCGCCCUGUUCGCCACCAUCCCGGACCCGAUCAUCGGCGGCGUGUUCUGCGUCAUGUUCUCCAUGAUCUCCGCCGUCGGCCUGUCCAGCGCACAGACCGUCGACCUCAACUCGUCCCGAAAUCUAUUCGUGUUGGGCUCGUCCCUCUUCUUCGGUCUCAUGGUGUCCCACUGGACCAGCAGGAACGCAGAAGCCAUCAGGACAGGGUAUGAUGUGUUAGAUCAAACGAUCGUCAUCCUGCUCAGUACCAGCAUGUUCGUUGGAGGCUUCCUGGGAAUUUUCCUUGACAACACCAUUCCGGGCACGGCCGAAGAGCGGGGACUCGCUGGAAGCGGCCACCACGGCAGUGGUGGUCGCAGCGGCACGACCGACUGUUACGACUUGCCCUUCCUGAAGGCACGUCUUGAGAACGCCGCCUUCGCCUACCUGCCCAUCAGCCCCACCUACAGCAACUCGGUGCUCCUCAACAAGAUCACGCCCAAGUUCGUUCGGUCCUUGUCGCGCAAAUCAAGCUCCAAGGUAGCCGCCGAAGCCUAGGUGUCUUACUGACGGCAAACGCCGACAGCCUAUGCGGUUCUCCGCCAUCGUUGUGGUCUCUCAAGAAGCGGCUGCCGAGCAGGACUCUCGAGCACGAAGUUGCAGAGCGCGAUGCGAGUCAGUGAAGGUUAGACAUUUUAAACUGUGUCUAAGACUUCGAGAAGGAGAAGAAACAAAAAAGAAUUUACAACACCUACAUAAAACGUCUUCCUUCUUGUCCCAGUUCGGAUAUUGAUCAAAAUGUGAGCGCUCGAGCGCCGCUGCUGGAAUGGCCCGAACCGAAAAGAACUUGGGUUAACUCGCGUCUUCCGUGAAACCAGGACGCCCUCUGUGUUGAGCACUGAA